CGCGCGCCUGGUCUGUUGUGUGUUUAUUUGGUAAUAAAGGUGUGUCUGUGGUUUGACUCCAGUGACAAACAGCAGAGCACGCCCAGGUAAGAGCACACCUUAGUCAAAUGAGUGCAGAUGGGACGCAGGUGUGUCGCUGUUCUCGUUACAGUCGUGCAGUAAACUCCGCUGUCCUCACACACACUCUACACACCGUUUCAGGACAGAGAAGUUCGGACCCUGUGCUCACACUCAUGGUGGGGGAAGCAGUCAAUGGAGGACACCGCCCUCAAACAGACCACUAUGGUUUCCAGACUACCAAAAUUUGGCUCUCGUGCUACACCUGCUUCUGGACCCUUGACCAAUGGCUCGACCCAUAAUGUUUCCUCUGGAUGGGCUAAAGGAGUACCUGUAGGAAAGCAGAACGGCAUAAUUAGGGUCCCUGCCCCCAUACCUAUGAAGGGGAGGAAGGGGAGGGAGGAUUGUGGAGAGACGGUUCCAGAUUCUGGAGAAGAGGCUCGAGUAGUUCUCCGUUCUCAGCAGCAGCCACGCUCUGCAGGGCCUGUUAAGCAAAUUAGGAAGCCCUCAGCUGCUCCAGUGGGUAAAACCCAACGUUCCAUCCCCACUGUACCAAGUACCAUUCCUAGGACUAUUACUCAGCCUAUAAAAACAAACCCACGCAAUGCUGCCCCCAAACAGCCCUCACCCAUCCAGCCGCUAUGCAGCAAGGUCGGUGCGAAUGUAGUCGCUCCUAGCCAGGGCUCUUCCUCAUCUCCCCAGGGAAGUCUUCAGAGCAGCCUUUCUCACUCCAGUGACAGCCUCAAGUCCCUCUCUGUGGAGAACGUUGUGCGCUCUCAAAGCUUCUCCUAUUUAAAGAGGCCUGCAGCUGCCACUAACCCACCUCUGACACGUUCCUUCUCAUUUAACCGGGCAACAGAGCUAGCGAAAGAGCUGCCCAGGCCACUGUCACAGUCUCCGGUAGCCAGGUCUCCUGUCACUCAGACCUCCAUGGUGUUAGAUCGUGUAGCAAAACCUACAAUAGCAGCAUGUUCCAUCUCCUUCAUACCUCCCUCAACCUUGAAGAAAUCUCUUCUGCCUAACUGCACUGAUGGCAAGCCAUCAUCAAUUAGCUAUAAGCUAAUGCGGCCAUCGCUCAUCAAGCAACCCCGCCCAUUUAUUCCGGUUAAAGUACAAGGGAAGAUGGAAUUUACAGAGAGGGGUGGAGAUUCUCGAGAAAAAGCUACACCCAUUUCUGAGCCAUCCAGCAACACUCACAGUGCUGGAACUACUCCUGAGGAACCCUUUUCCACCAAGGAGGCAAAUGACAGUCGGGUUCAAUCUCUGGAGAUCUUGGAGGACAUGUCUUUAUCGUCCACAUCCUCUCUGGAGCGCAAUGAUGUGAGUGAAGAAUACAUGGAUGACUUUGAUGACUUGGGCAAUGGAGGCGGAAUUCUGCUCAUGCCUGUUCAUGAGGGGAAAAAUGGCCAAAUAGGGUUCUUCAAGGAGAAUAACACUCUUGUUGGUCAGUGUCAAGAGGGGUCAUCAAUGACGAGUCUGCACAGCUUUGUGUCCGAGACAGUAGAUUGGGCCGAGAUUGGCCUCACAGGUAGCAGGGAGGUGGCUGAUGCCUCACAUCGCUGUGGGACUCGAGCACUGUCUACAGAGAGAGAUUUACCGCAUGGCUCCUCCCUGGAGCUCUCCCCUUCAGACAGCUCUGGAGGAACCUACAUGUGGGACGAGGAGGUUCUGGAGCCGAUUGGAGGGGCCUCACAACUCUGUGGGAGCUUUGACUCCAACCUUAACAGCAUGGACAUUCUCAAUAACUUGGACAACUUGGACUCUUGUGAUCUGGAGGAGGAUGACCUCAUGCUGGAUGUGGACCUGCCUGAAGACGUCUCCCUCCACAGUGAUGUUGAUGUAGCGGCCCGUUAUGAUCUCUCAGACAGCAAUUACUGGCCGUGGAGAAAGCAACAGCAGUACAGAGGGAACACGGAGCAGCUACACUACGAGGAACGAGACGGAGUUCUGCAGCCGUUUGAUAACGGACACACGCUGUGUUUGAGCAGGAGAGGGUCAGGACAGUCGUCUCUGGAUGAGUUGAUGCUGAAGCACAUGGCCCAGGACUGCUCGUCUGUCAGAGAACAGCUGUUUCAUCUGAGGACACUGCUGCAGAUGGAAGAGGAUGGAUCAGUUGAUGAAGCUGAGCAGUUAGUGUCCAGUCCAUCUUCUGAAGAGCCCAGCUCUCAACAAGUGGACGAGCUGUUGAAGGAGGUGCAGAAGCUAAGAGAAGAGCUCCGAGGGAAAGACGUACUGAUUUCGAAACUCACUCAGCAGCUGUCAGCUCCUGUAGAGGUGACACCGUGCCUCUGCCAGCAGGGGGAGCUGCAGAGACGAGAGCAUCAGGACAAGAGCACUCAGACCCCAUGGAGAGCGCAGAAUCCUCAGAUACUACAGCCUUCCCAGCCCUCGGCCAGCGAGCACAACAAAUUGGCAAGACCAUCACUCCAAGCCCUCUCAGAGGCCCCCAGUGACCAUGUGGAUGCCCAGCCUGGUGAUGGUCCAGUGAAGCCCCAGUCCUGCACUGUAGUUUUACCCGUUUCUGCCACCAGUAAUGCCACGCUUCCUUCCUCUGUGCCCGCGACUGCGCCCGCUGGUAGUGCCGCUGCUGCCUCUUUAUCCUCCAGCACUCUGAGCUCAGAUAAUCUCAUCCUCCUCCCAAACACCCGUCUCCGAAUUGAUGAGUCACACAGCCCCAGGGCUCAUGUUAGUAACUACGUCCAGCUGAGGAGGACGAAUCUACAGCUCGGUGACCUUCACACACUCAGCAGAGACAGGAAAGCUCCUGUGCUUAUGAAACCCAGAGGAGCCGAGCAGGUCGGCUUAGGACGAGGAUUGCGAGGUGCAUCUGGUGCUCACCCGGGUUUCAGCGGUCCAUCCAGGUCCAGACAUCUGCCCCCUCCAUCCCGUGGCCUGCCCUGCAUCAGCUCAGCAUCACAGUCCAGUCUAAUUCCAUCAACACACAGCUCAGGCAUCAGAAUGAUCUCAGCUCAUAGAGACGAGGAGAUCAGCUCUGUCCGGGCUCAAGAUCUGUCCAAUGCCUAUAACUCUCGCCUCCCUAAGCCAAAGAGCCAUUAACCCUUUCCCUCUGCUCCGCUGUUCUUCUCCUCCUCCUCUACAGCUCUGCUCAGGGCAUCAGGCUCCACACUCCACGGCUCCCCUCGGCCAGGUUUCCAGCUCUAAAAGCCUGCUGAUCUCUGAGCUCGUAUUUAUCAAAAAGCACCUGAUCUGCCCAGGCUCUAUACUUAACACACGCAGUUAAGGGCAGAUCUCAGUGUUAUCAGUGCAUUAGGAGUUCAUCAAAAAACUACUGGCAUAAAGUAGAAAAAAAAAUUGAGAAUCACUCUAACAUAGGGAGAUCACAAUUUAAAAUCCCGCUGAUGUGGCCAGGAGUCUAGAGAGUGUAAUUAGCUGUGCUGUCUGAGUGGGAGGGGCUUUACUCUAUCACCUGGCAAUCACAAUGACACUAUCCAAUCGUGAGCUCAUGUAGGGCAGAUAGCACUUUCAAGUGAUGAAGCAUGAGUAGCAGUUCGAAACGAGAUAGUCUGAAAAAUUCUAAAAGAAAAAGAAAGCAGCCUACUCAGUUCCCACUGUCUGUACCAAGAGAAAGCUAAACACACACUCACAAGCCUUGAGUAAAAAUCCUAUUUAUUCAGUGUAUUAUAUUUUGAAAGGCUAUCGACAAUCCCAUUAUUGCCUUUAAAUCUUCACAAUGCUAAUAAAUUAAACUGGAGUUAACAUUUGACCUGAAAGCUCUAUUCUGAUUAGUGCAGAAAAGAAACAAGACAGUAAUGACAGUCUAUAAGAGCUUGAUGUUUUCCACAUUACUACACACUAAAAACUCCACUCAGCAUCGUCGUAAACCUGCUAAUGGAUCGAACACUUGGUAGUUUGAUGGUCAGCUUGUUUUUUUUUUUUUUAUUAAUGUAA